AUGAUGGGGUCCGCAGCGCUUCUGUGCGUGGCGGGCUUAUCAGAAGCCGUGGCUGGCAGCUACGUCAUGACCGACAGCACCAUCAGGACGGCCGUCGCGGAGUGGCUCUCGAACAGCGCCGCCGCCGAGGCGACGUACGGCCACAUCUCGACGUGGGAGACCGGGGGGGUGACGGACAUGAGUUGCCUCUUCGUUGCAGCAUCAACUUAUUAUUGCGAUUACGUAAACACGGCCGCGGCGUCCUUUAACGAGGACAUCGGCGCAUGGGACACCUCCGGCGUCACAAGCAUGGGAAUGAUGUUCCGAGGCGCAUCGGCCUUCAACCAGGACAUCAGUGGUUGGGCGGUCCACAGCGUCAAGGACAUGACCUUCAUGUUCAUCUACGCCUCGGCCUUCGACCAGGACCUCGGUGGUUGGGCGGUCCACAGCGUCACGGAUAUGAGCGGUAUGUUCUACGAAGCCUUGGUCUUCGACCGAGACAUCGGUAACUGGGCGGUCGACAACGUCAAGACCAUGGACUCUAUGUUCCGGUACGCCUCGGCCUUCAACCAGGACAUCAGUGGUUGGGCAGUUCAAAGCGUCACAAGCAUGUCAUCUAUGUUCCAACACGCCUCGGCCUUCGACCAGGACCUCGGCUGGUGCGUGGACGACGGCGUUAAUUUUGACUCCUGGCCCUGGAAUGGUCAAUACACGAUUCAAGACGCGUUCUCCGGCACCAUGUGCGCGUCGACCUUGUGCGGCGUGGGCGUUAAGGACGUGAGCUGCGGGCCGACGCCGGCACCGACGACGACGCCCGCGCCGACCGCAACGCUAGCGCCCACGGUUACGCCCCUGGUCGCGGACGACACCACCAUCCGCACUGCCGUCGCCGCGUGGCUCGCAGACGCGACGGCCGCCAAGGCGACGUACGGUCAUAUUUCUAGGUGGGAGACUGGCGGGGUGACGGACAUGUCGUGGUUGUUUUGCGGGUCUCAAUACCAUAGUUCCUCGGGCUGCAACACUGCCUCGGCGUCCUUUAACGAGGACAUCGGCGCGUGGGAUACUUCUGGCGUCACGACGAUGUACAACAUGUUUUCCUCCGCCUCCGCCUUUGACCAGGACAUCAGCGGUUGGGCAGUUGGCAGCGUCAUGAGCAUGGAUGCGACGUUCGACGCGGCCUCGUCGUUUAACCAAGACAUCAGCGCGUGGGACACUUCCGGCGUCACGAGCAUGAAAGGGAUGUUCUACCUCGCCUCGGCAUUCGACCAGGACCUCGGCUGGUGCUUUGACGACGGCGUGAAAAUGAGCAGUGCGUUCUACGGCACCCCAUGCGAGUCGACGUCGUGCGGCGUCCAGCAGAAUGCUGCAGGCACCUGCGCGCCGACGCCCGCGCCGACGAAGCCCGCGCCGACGCCAGCGCCGACGACGCCAGAGCCGACGACGCCAGCGCCGUCGCCAGCGCCGACGACGCCUGCGCCAACGACGCCUGCACCGACGCGCGCGCCGACGACGCCCGCGCCAACGCCCGCGCCGACGACGCCCGCGCCGACGACGCCCGCGCCAACGCCCGCGCCGACGACGACGCCUGUGCCGACGCCGGGCGCCCUGGGCAGCGACGGCGCCACGACCCGCUCCGUCGCGUUCUGCCUCGUCACCAUAUUCCUCGGCGCCGCGCUCUCCUGGUAA